AUGCGGCUCAGACUAUACUGGGCCUUUUUGGCCCUGGUGGGACUGUUUGAUAAUGCUUUUGGUGGAUUCGAAGACCAGGCUAAAAUCCUUGCGACCAACGGCCACAUCACGUUCGAAUCGGCCCAGGACAAAAAUAUUACCUUCCACUUGAAGGGCAGCGGCCACCUAAACAUUGGCGGUAUCUGCGUCGACCACAUGAUGCAGACUCUAUCGAAGAUGAUCGACGGACGACCCGGUGACAGUCAGCCGUUCCUGCCCGGUGGCAACGUGGCGGACCAGAUACAAUUGCUAGCGACGUACGUGAGUGGUCCUUUUGGACUGAUCAAGCGUGUGGAAGCCCUCGAAAAAUAUUCCUCGAACCGGUCCGCCUCACAGACACCACGGAUCGGUGCAUUGGCACGGCGAGUGAGAAGCGUGGAGACAAAGCUGGCAACACUGAUGACGACCCUGCAGACUAAUCGGUGUAGUAGUGGACCGUGUCAGAACGGGGGCACCUGCAUAAGCACGUACGAUUCGUUCUUUUGCCUGUGCCCGAGCAGCUGGGAUGGCCCAACGUGCACGGCAGACGUGAACGAGUGUGCCCACUUCGCGGGUACGGAUCUGGGCUGUCAGAAUGGUGCCACCUGUAAGAAUACGCACGGCGGCUACACGUGUAUGUGCCCGGACGGAUACCGGGGAAUCCACUGCACGACCCGCGCACAGGAUUGCAGCACGGCAGGAUCGGAUCUGUGCGGGCACGGAACGUGCGUGCAGGCGAAGGAUGGGUACCGGUGCAUCUGCGAUCAGGGAUGGAAAACGAACGGUCUAUCGCCGGCCUGCACUGUCGAUGUGGACGAGUGCAGUGAGUCGCGACCGCACUGCUCAAAGGACCCGGAGGUCAGCUGCAUCAAUCUCCCCGGUUCGUUUGUGUGUGGCGCUUGUCCCGCUGGCUACACUGGCAAUGGGUUCUACUGUGUCGACAUCAACGAGUGCGAAACGAACAACGGAGGCUGCAGUACGUCCCCUUCCGUGGCUUGCAUCAAUACCAGGGGUUCGUACCAAUGUGGAAGUUGCCCUCCUGGAUACACUGGUGAUGGAAGGACGUGUCUCGCUCAGGGUACCCGCUGUACUCCUGGUCUCUGUCAUCCAAUGGCGCGCUGCGUGGAUUAUGGUAGUGCGGUACCAAACUGCAUAUGCAUGCCCGGAUACAUUGGGACCGGAUUUGGUCCUUCCGGGUGCUAUCGAGCGUCACUGAAUCCUUGUGCAAGCGGACCGUGCAGGAACGGUGGAACAUGCUUAAAAAUUGAUGCGCAAAACUACAGCUGCACCUGUCCGCCUGGUACGAAUUCUCCCAACUGUAUAAGCACCCAGUCUCCCUGCGAACCGAACCCGUGCAUGAACGGAGGUACUUGCACUCCCUUCUUGAAUCGCGCCAUGUGUCGAUGCCAGAACGGUUACACGGGACCUCGCUGUCAAACGAAUGUACGUGCCUGUGGGAAUAUUCGGUAUCAGCUGUCUGGAACUUUACGUUAUCCAGAGUUGAACGGAACAUACAACCACAAUGCGCGCUGUGCCUGGCUUAUCAAGACAAACGACACGCAGGUGCUGAAUGUGACAUUUACGAAGUUUAACCUCGAGAACGCGGUCAGUAAUGGCGAGUGCAUGUACGACUGGUUGCAGAUUCACGACGGUCGCACAUCGCAAGCUUAUAAAUUUGGGCGGUUCUGCGGUAACUCACUCCCACACGGUGGAAACUUUAUAUCCUCCCACAAUAUGCUGUACCUAUGGUUCCGUUCCGAUAACUCCACGGCACACGAGGGCUUCGAGCUGAAGUGGGAAAGCAUCGAUCCGGUAUGUGGUGGCACGGUGAAUGCCGUUAGCCAUGGUAUAAUCACGUCACCUGGAACACCCGGGAACUAUCCACCGAACCGAGACUGUAAGUGGUACCUAGAGGCACCGCAAGGUCGUCGAUUACAGUUCACCUUCUUCACCAUGAAAAUCGAGUCGCAUGAAAAUUGCAACUACGACUUCGUGCAGAUUACGGACGGGGUCGAGGACGAGGGUACACUACUGGCAAAGUACUGUAACACAACACACCCGGAACCGCUGGUCACACCGAGCAAUAAGGCCACGGUGUAUUUCCACAGUGAUGAAAAUGGAAAUGAUGCUGGCUUCCAGAUUAGUUACUCGGUUGUGGAGGGUGUACCCGGGUGUGGUGGCAUCUACACGGCACGCGAGGGAACUAUUACAUCACCGCUCUCGCAAACGGACAACGUAUACCCGAACAAUCUGAAUUGCGAGUAUCUGAUAAAACUACCGACGGAAAGUCGAGUGGAUAUCCGGUUUAACAAGUUCGUUCUGGAGCAGAGCGAAGGUUGCAAGUUCGAUUACCUGGAGAUAUACGAUGGUAGCAACACGGCUGCCCCUUCGCUGGGAAAGUUCUGCGGUGAUCGCAUACCGCCACAGUACACCUCGACCGGGAACACGCUACUGCUGAAGUUCCACACCGAUUGGUCAGCGCCACAUCCAGGCUUCAGCGUGACCUAUAAGAUUAAAUGCGGUGGCACGUUUACCGAACCGGGCAUGGAAAUUAAGUCUCCCUCGUAUCCCCAGAUGUAUUCCGCUGAUCAGUUGUGUGACUACAUUAUCCAUGCCCCACUUGGUCAGGCGAUCGCUUUUGACUUCCUUGACUUCGAAAUCGAGAGGAACAGCUACCCGAGUUGCGAGCUAGACUAUGUGGAACUGUACGAUGGGUUGAUACCGUCGAACGUGACGCUGCUCGGACGGUACUGUAGCAGCAAGGCCCCACCACGCACGAUUUCGUCCAAGAACAUCAUGCUGGUACGCUUUGUCUCGGAUGGAUCCGUUGGAGGACGUGGUUUUAAGGGAAACUUUACUUUCUUCAACGUGAGCUGUGGUGGUGUCCUGACGAAGGAGGACAUCAUCAUACGUUCGCCAGCCAUCGCCGAAACGGGCAAGUAUCAACACGAUUCUCGCUGCGAGUGGAUUAUUGUCGCACCAGCGGGGCACGCCGUCCAGCUGACGUGGAACAGUUUCGAGCUGGAGCCGAGUGCAAACUGCAUGUACGACUACGUGCAGAUCUUCGAUAAUUCUUCGAUGGCACACAGUAUGGUAGGAAGAUACUGUGGCUCGGAAAAGCCACCGACGAUCACCAGUUCCGGCAAUAUGCUUACGAUACGAUUCGUAACAGAUUCAUCUUCAUCGAGGGAUGGCUUCAGUCUGGCGUUUACCUUUAUAGACGUUGAAAAGACAUGUGGUGGAAACUAUUUCGCAACCAGUGGCAUCAUCCGGUCUCCCGGCUGGCCCAAGAACUAUCUCUCGAAUAAGGUGUGCGAGUGGAUCAUUACCGUUCCCAUGGGCCAACAGAUCAUGCUGAUGGUACGAAAUUUCAUGAUGGAAAACCACAGAACCUGCCGUUACGAUGGGCUUACGAUUAGGAACGGUGGAUCGUCGUCCGCACCGCUGAUCGGAAACUUCUGCGGCGAAGACAACUUCAACGGGACCAUCUCGUUUAGUCACCAGCUGUACCUGCGGUUCUACUCGGAUGGUUCACGGAACUAUCCUGGAUUCCAGAUCGAAUGGGAUUCGGCGACGACCGGGUGCGGUGGUGUGCUGACGUCCCCGCGGGGCUCCAUUAUUUCUCCCAACUAUCCGCAGCCGUACGGGCACAAUUCCAUGUGCGUUUGGCGCAUCUCGACCAGCCUUGGUUCAGCCAUACAUAUCGUGUUCACCGAUUUGGACAUGGAAAGCCACAAGAACUGUCAGUACGACUAUCUGGAUAUUUACGAUGGGUUCGAUGUGAGCGGUAAGAAGCUCGGACGCUUCUGCAGUUCCGAUACGGAUCCGAUCGUGUUGAACACCGAGUCGAACCACGCCUAUAUCCGUAUGCGGACGGACGACACAAAUCAUCGACGUGGCUUCCAGCUCAAGUACAAUAUAAUCUGUAAACGUAAUAUCACCGGUUACGGUGGGUUCAUCGAGUCACCAAACUUCCCGAACGAGUAUUCUUCCUUGAUGGACUGUCGGUGGACGAUCACGGUGCCGCCGGGAAAUCGUAUCAAUCUGGAGUUUUCACACUUUGACUUCGAAUCGAUCGGACAGUCGCAGACUGCGCAAAAUUCAUCCCAGCGCUGUCCAUUCGAUUAUCUUGAGUUGCAGGAGAUGGGCACUGGCGAUUUACCGAUCACUCGUCGCUAUUGUGCUGGCAAGCCGAAGCCGAUGGUAAGUUUGGGCCGCACGCUUGAUCUGAUCUUCCACACGGAUUCGAGCGGCGAACAGAUGGGCUUUCGGGCGGAAUGGUCCAUCAAUGGGUGCGGUGGCGAUCUGACGAAACCGUCCGGUGUCUUGAGUUCACCGAACUAUCCAAACCCGUACCCGAAGGAAACGGAAUGCCACUGGACCAUCACGACCGAGCCGGAAACGGUGAUCAAUCUGAUCGUGGAAGACUUUCACAUGGAAACGGGCAAAGAUUGUCGCUUCGAUGGUCUGCGAGUGGCAAGCGAUGCCAACUUCACCAAUCCGCUAGUGACACUCUGUCACGAGCAGAAGGAACCAGUUAACAUUGUCAGUAGCAGUAAUCAGCUCUUUCUGAGGUUCUACAGCGAUUCUAGCUUCACGCAUAAAGGGUUCCGGGCACGAUACACAACUUCCAACCAGAAAUGUGGGGGACGGAUCAUCAACCACGAGGGUUACAUUUCUUCGCCCAAUUACCCAAGCAACUACCCAAGCAACGCUUCCUGCUCGUGGAUCGUCAGAACUGAUCCAUCGCACACACUUCAGUUCGCCUUGAAAGAUUGGGCAAUCCAUAAAUCGGACAACUGUUCCGGUGACUCACUCAAGGUGUACGAUGGUAAUGUACGUGCGAUCGACAAGCUUCUGCUGACGGUGUGUGGCAGUGAGUCCAACAUUACCACUGUUUCGACCACCGGGAACGAAUUGCUGGUAACGUUCCAAUCGGACGAGAUGUACGAGGCGAAAGGAUUCCAAGCUAGUUAUCAGACGAGCUGCGGAUCACGUAUUAUGGUGACCAUGCCUGGCAGCAUCACGCUGAAUAAGGCACACAAGAUGUCCUCAGACAACUGUACCUGGGUGCUGGUAGCUCCGGUGGAAACUCAGCGCAUUACAUUGACGAUCGUACAUCUGAACAUUUUCGAUAUGCAGUCCGAGGAGGGAGAGUGCUAUGCGACUGUUACGGUCUACGAGGGCGAGACCACCGACGGUCCGAUGCGGUUCGAGGGUUGCGGACACAAAAUCCCACCGGCAAUCGUUAGUCGUGGCAAUGCCCUAACGGUGCUAAUAAGCUCCGAAGAUCUGUAUCUGCAAAAGAUUGACAAUCUGUUCAUAGAUAUGACGUACACUACGCUCGAAAAUGCUUGCGGUGGACGUCUCACAGCUCUGGCGGGUGAGUUUGCCUCACCAAACUACCCGGACACAUAUCCACUAAAUGUCGAGUGCAUCUGGGAGCUUUCGGCUUCCCCGGGUAACAAGAUGUCGCUGUUUAUUAAGGAGAUGGACAUCCAAUCAUCGGACAACUGCAAUGAAGAUUAUCUUGAGAUUCGGGAAGGAAACGGUGGUGGCCCACUGUUGGGUGAUUUUUGUGGAAAUCAAAUUCCAAAGAACCUGACAGAGGCGAGCAGUUUCUGGAUCAAAUUCCGUUCAAAUGGUGUCGGUGUGGCAAAAGGAUUCCUAGCGGAGUAUUCCUAUGAUACUUUAAGUGAAAUCUCCGGUUCCAGUGGCACAGUAACAUCACCAAUGUACCCGAAGGGCUACACUCAGAUGGAAAAUAUAGGCUGGCGGAUAACCGUGGAUAUCGGUUCGGUGAUAGCGAUAAAAUUCAACAACUUUGCUAUCGACCGACAGGCGAUAGAUCAGUUUAUGUGUGAAGGCACCCUGAUAAUCUACGACGGUUACGACGAUACGGCCGUCCCACUUCUCACAGCCUGUGGCUUCACAAAACCGGACCCGAUAGUUUCAACAACUAACGUGGUGUACAUCUUGCUCGACCAUUCGGACGUAACGGAUUCCUCCACGUUCUCACUCAGCUGGCAACAGAAGGCCAGUGAAACGGAAGAAUCUUCCUCCGAAUCCGACGAGAACUUCUGUGGUGGCCACACGACCAUCGUACUGAACGGUACCGACCAAGUGUACAACCUCUCAUCUCCAGGCUACCCCAACGGCUACCAAACGGGUCUGAACUGUAGCUGGAUCCUGCAGUCGGCUAUUCCAACGUACCAUCCGUAUCUAGAUUUUAGCUUUAUCGACCUGGACGAAACGAGUGACUGUUUGGCGGACUACGUUGAGGUGUUUAGUUCUACGGAUCUGCUCACCUGGAAGUCGUUCGGACGCAUCUGCACUUACGGUUUACGCAUGAAGCGAAAGUACGACGGAGUGCCCUACUUGAAGGUAGAGUUCCGGUCGGACUACUACAUGAAUCGUACCGGAUUUAUUGGAACUGUUUCACUCCGUUGUGGAGGGUUACUAACGGACCCGAAUGGGGUUAUUACGCAGCCUGACGCAACAGCUCUUCCAGCAAGCGACCUACCAUACCGAUGGGAUUCGAUGAAUGAAUGCUUUUGGAAUAUCAGUGUACGGGCGGGACGCACGAUAGAGUUUAGCUUCGAGCAUCUUAACAUCAGCGCCCUCGGGACGUCUACAUUGAUCCGCGAGGGUUUCGUAGUAAUCCGGAACGGUAUAGAUCAGUACUCGCCUCUGCUCGGUCGGUACAGUGGCGUAGAGAUACCGAGCAGCAUUCAAACGAGCAGUAAUAGAGCAUUCGUGAGGUACAUCCCCAAUAGAAUGGCUGGCCCGAACAAAUUCCGCUUGCUCUAUCGCGAGGUGAGCAUCGAAUGCGGCGGUAGCAUGGUGUUGCGCUCGCAGUACAAUUCGACGACGGUAUUAUCGCCGAACUAUCCGGAUGUACCGGGACCGCACAGUGAAUGCUUUUGGUCCUUCCUAGCACCAGCCGGAGAGUUGCUGCAGGCCCAGUUUGUUGAUGUGGAUUUCUUCGCAAGGUUACCAAACUGCAAAGAUGAGUACAUUUCACUGCGAGAAGGGCUCACGGAGGCCGUACCGGAACUGAUGAACACGUGCACAAGCGUCAUCUCGAAACGGAUUGUUACCAAAACAAAUGCCCUCUCUGUGAAGUAUUUUAACAAUCGCGCAGAAACACAUGCACGGUUCAAGCUGCAGGUAAGCCUAGUAAAAUGUGGCGGAGCAGUGCGUGGACCACGUGGAACGAUCUCUUCCAAGAACUAUCCCCAGCCUGGUGGUUAUCCUUCGGCGACCGUUUGUGAGUACUACAUACAGGAAGGUUUGCAUGGCAAGCUUAAUUUUACCUUUGACGAUCUACACCUGCCGACCAGUGUGAACUGUUCGGCCAACGAUAAUGUGAAGAUCUACACACUCUUUCCGGGACCGAACGCUACCGCGUUCGAAGUUGGUACAUUCUGUGGCGCAACCAUACCAACCCAGCCGAUCGUAAGUCUCCUGCCGAGCGUGAAAAUCGUCUUCACAACAUUCAAGGCGAACGCAGUUUGGCGCGGCUUCCGGCUUAACUACGCUCUCGACCAUAGCCGCUGUAGUCACGUGGUCAACGCCGAAUCCGGUGAGAUCACUAGUCGAGGAUACGGGCAAGAUUUUCAAACGUCUACGUACUGCGAUUGGCGUAUCACCGUCCCAUUGGGAAGGCGUGUUAAGAUCGAGUUUCUGGAUCUCGACAUCGAGGAUUCCGGAGUGUCGUUCUGGCACCAUCGCAUGUGGUUCUUCGAUGGAUUGUACUAUGAAGCACAAAUCAAGGUGAUCACGUCUGCUACAUCGUCCCGUGAUGUUGGUCCGAUCUACUCAAGCAAUAAUGUUAUGCUGGUAAUAUAUCUCGCCCGGCCCAACAGUGGAGAACGUGGAUUCCGCUUGCGCUUUUCCAGUGACCAGUCAACACUUUGCGAUAGCGACCUGAACGGAUCGGAGGGAAGCAUUGAGAGUCCUACCAACGUGAGUACGGUCGUAUGCACCUACAGACGAACGCAGGGUUCUUUGUCAAACGAUCCGCUGAAGCCAAACCUCGGGACACUGGUGAUGAACUUCCGCGAGGUGAUAGCCAGUACGUACAAUAGGAUGUGCAUCGAGAUUUCACAUAGAGCGAUGGCCGCUUUUACCGGUUCGUUGACAUUGAAGCGAUUCUGCCAAAACGCCACUCAGCAGAUGGUGUUGUCACCAUUUCAUGAUACAUCCAUUGUGCUCGUUCGAAAUGGCUUUUUGCCACAGUCGUUCAAGAUGGACUAUCGGGUCAACCAGUGUGGUGGCAGAUUUGCCACGGUCGGUAACAUUUCCCGUCCGCAAGGAGCUUUCGGCGAUAAGGCAUUGCACUGCGCGUGGUCCAUAAGCUAUCCGGAUCAAACACUGAUCGAGAUCAACUUCACCCGGUUCGAUCCACAGUUGACAUGCGAAACGGAAUAUCUAACCGUAUACAACGGACCCACACCCCUCAGUCCAAUGCUCGGUCGGUUCUGCAAGGAAAACCUGCCGAAGCCUGGGUGGACCAUCGCCACCCAGAAACAUCUACUCUUCGUCGAGUACCAUACGACGACGUACAGCAAAUCGGGCGAUUUCGAGCUGAGACUCAGCAGCAAAACGUUCGGUUGUGGCGGUACGCUCCAUCACGGCUCAAACCGGUUCAGGGCACCGUUGGAGAAGGGUAAGUAUCGACCGAACCAAGAGUGCGUGUGGUUACUGCGAGCCAACCCCGGUCAACAUAUCGGUGUCAGCUUCGUCGAACGCUUUAGUCUGGAGAAAAGUACCAACUGCACGAAAGACUACGUGGAGUUGUUUGAUCGGCGCGGUGAUGAAUGGAUCAGUCUAGGGCGAGUGUGUGGCAAGGAAACUCCACCCACUUUCAACUCCACCGAUACCGAUAUGAAAGUCGUUUUCCACACCGAUGACUCCAUCGAGUCGGAUGGAUUCACCAUUAACUGGGAAUCGAACUGUGGAGGAAUAUUCUACGCCAGCCAGGAAACGAAAGUUGUGGUCAGCCCUAACUACCCGGACAAAUACAACAACAUGCAGACAUGUAACUACACGUUCCUCGCGAACAGCAACGAUGGUGGAAUCGUGUUUAACUUCAUCGACUUUGAGCUCGAGGACACACUGAUCUCCUCAGUGUGUGCCUACGACAACGUGACCGUCUACCGGAAGCUGCAGUUCGCAGAACCGCUCAUCUGGGAAAAGAUGGCGACGUAUUGUUUGAAAAGUCCACCCGGGCGGUUCCGGGUGCAGGAUCGGGCCGCGAUCGUUUUCAAAACCGAUCGUUACACACAAGCUCGUGGCUUCAAGUUUGAGUACCGGCUGGACUCGUGCGGUGGCAACAUAACCAACACGAGCGUUAUCCGCAGCCCGGAGCACAUGCCACCGGAUGGGUCUUAUCGGCCGGCCAUCACUUGCCGUUGGUACAUUAAAAUUCCUGCCGGCGAGAAGGUGACGGUACGGUUCGAAACGCUCGAUAUAGAGCACACCGAGUCAUGCUACUUCCACCAGGUGGAGGUGUACCGUGGGCUGGAACCGACCUCGGACCACCGGUUGGCUCUGCUGUGUGGCAAUCUGACGGCGCAGGCCCCACCGAUCGCGAUCACCGGUUCGCACGGAUUGGUAGUGUUCAAGACAGAAUCGUUCACCUCCACCGUGGCCAUGAUGUCCGCCUUGAUUCUCUACACACCCGCCUGCGACAAGCAGUACAAACUGGACGAGCGCUCACCGUCGGCUAAAUUGACUCUGGUAGGCAAUGAUAAUGCGCGCAUUAUGGACUGCGAGGUCAUCUACGAGGCACCGAGCGGCUACACGCUGCAGGUUAGCUUCUCCCAGUUCCACGUUGGAACAGAACGGAAUGUUUCGGACUGCUCGGACAAUUUCGUCGAACUGCGCGACGGCGCCAGUGUGUUCUCGCAGCUGAUUGGACGAUUCUGCGGUAAUGAUCCGGUUGCAACGCAAACCACCUUUGGAUCGGCACUGCACCUACGAUACAAGACCGACUCGAUGCUCCAGGGUACGCUGUUCGAUGCAAAUAUUUCCAUCGUGCCAUCCCUCUGCGGUGCGAUGAAACACAACCUCACCGGCGGAGCGAUCGUGACGCUCAACACGCCGAACUACGGGGAACAAAAGCGAUACCCACCGAACACCAAGUGUCUGUGGGAGCUAGAGGUCGCAGCAGGAAAGCAAAUCGAAAUACAGUUCAUGCAGAUGGAUCUACAACCCUACGACGAUCAGAAAAAGCAAUGUAUGGAUUCCUUGUCCAUUCAGGACGCAUCAAUGAAACCUGUCAUAUACGAGGGACUCGGUAGUACGGUGAUCUUCAACGGACACUCCGCCAUUAAAACAAGUUUCUAUCAGGGAAGCCGUUAUCCCAAUGGAAACCACAUUUACUGUGGUACUGGUAAACUGCCGGGUACAUACGUGUCCAUUACGAACCGAGUGUACGUCAAGUUCGAAAGUGACUCCACCAUCGAGAGCCGGGGUGUCGUACUGCGCGUCCACCAGAGCAGCCGGUGUUUGCAAAACUACACCGCCUUGCAGGGACGCCUGCAGCAGUCCGAAGUUUCCAAGGACGAAGCAUGCACCGUCUCCAUCGAAGUGCCGCAAAACUACACGAUCGCACUGUACUUCAACAUCUUUUUCCUGUACAACGUGGACUGCGCCAUUCACGCGAUCAAAGCGUACGAUGGUUCGGGCGAGGAUCGGCUGGUCGGCGAGUACUGCAACUUUGUCACACCAAAUCCAAUCUUCACGAGCACCAAUGUGCUGCGGUUGGUCAUACCCGCCAUCGACCGAGAGUUCGUGUCACUGUCGCUCGAUGCGACCUACGUUGCCACCGACCAGGGACGUGGCUGCGGUGGUGAGCUGUUCAGCUACGGGGGCAUUUUCACCAGCCCCCUUUACCCGAACAACAAUCGGACGCGCAUGGAGUGCCUGUGGACGGUGAGAGUUCCCACCAAUCUCGUGGUCGCGCUGCGCUUUGAAGUAUUCGACUUGGGCAGCAAAUCGUCCUGCGGAACGGAUUACUUGCAGAUAUUGGAUACGGAGGAGGAGUUGACUGACGCUAGCAGGACAGGGGUGGACAAAGAAAAGGUCGUUCGUCAGCAUUGUGGAAACGAGAAACCAGCGAACUACAUUAGCAAUAAUAACGUCGUGCAGGUGCGGUACAAGAAAACGCAAAACUUCGCCGGCGUUGGUUGGAUGAUCAAGUAUAUAAGUCUUGAGAAAGGCGCCACUGUCAAUGACUAUUAAACUACUCCUCGAAAACCCCCUUACAUAUAAUAAGGAAAUCAACAUAACGAUUAA